AUGCCGUUGGUUCGUCCAGCAUUGACAACCGAACUGACCAAGGAUGUGCUUGUCAAACAAGUCCAUUCGCAUAACGACUACUGGAGGGAAUAUCCGUGUCUCACUGCUCUGAGCCUUGGAGUCCAGUCGAUCGAGGCUGACGUUUGGGUAUUCCCCGAGCUCAACGACUCCACUAUGUAUGUGGGUCACAACCUUGCAUCCUUGACGCGGGACAGAACGCUAGAAAGUCUGUAUUUGAACCCUAUUUCGGCGCUCCUGGACGCUUUCAACCCGGUCACCCGUGCGAACGAGAAAGCCGGCACUUUGAACGGAGUUUUCGACACAGACUCCGGCGCAACCUUGUACCUGUUUGUGGACAUGAAGACGGAUGGGCUCGCUACAUGGUCAUACGUUUACAAUGCCCUGGAGCCACUAAGAAAGAAAAAUUACUUAACCACCUACAACAGCACAAAUGAUACUUGGAAACAGGGCCCACUUACCGUAAUCGGUACUGGUAAAACACCGUUUGAGAAGGUGCAGAGUCUGGCUGUCAGAGACGUCUUUUUCGACGGAGUUCUAGGCGGCCUCAAUGAUUCGUUUACAGCCGGUACAUCACCGAUCGCGUCAAGCUCACUCGAGACGUUGGUGGGCAAGGUGGACAGUAUUGACGGCCUCAAUGCCAGUCAGAUCCAGCGGCUCAAUGAGGCCAUCAGCGACGCCCACGCCAAGGGCAUCUACACGCGGAUCUGGGACACUCCGUGGUGGCCUGUCGAGAAGCAGACGAACGUCUGGCGCCAGAUUCUGCAGGCCGGCUCAGACUUCUUAAACGCAGACGACCUUGAGUAUGCGAUCCACUUUCAGUAG